AUGCCCAUUUGGGAAGAAUUAAAGACCGACGAUGGUCAAUCAUAUUAUCAUAAUACUGAAACACAUGAAACUCAAUGGACUUUACCCGAAGGUGAAGAAUUAAUUAAAUCACAAUCGAAUUGGGAAGAAUAUAAAACUGAUGAUGGACAAGUAUAUUAUUAUAAUACGAUAACUCAGGAGACUUCAUGGGACAAACCUGAUGAUUGGGAAGAAAAAGAAAUAUCAACAGCAAGAGACGAAACGAAAGAAGAAGAAGAGACAAAUGAAGUGGAAAAUGAACUUGAAAUGGAGCUAAAGGCAAAACCAGUAGAUUCAACAUCAGAAGUACCACAAGAUGAAAAUCAAUUUAUAGAAUUAUUAAAAGAUUACAAAGUAGAUUCAACUUGGUCAUUUCAAACAGUAAUGGAAAAUUUAAUUAAUGAACCAAGAUACUGGACUAUAACAAACCCCAUAAGAAAAAAAGAUGUGUAUGAAGAUUUCAUACUAAAUAAAUUUCAAUCAGAAAUUAAUAACAAGUCAAAUAUGGUUGAAACGUUUAAAAACAAUUUCAAUAAAGAAUUAGAAAAAUUACACGCGAAAGGAGAACUAACGCACAACUCAAGAUGGAUAAGUUUACAAAAAAAGUUUGAAGAAGAAGAUAAUCCAAUUUUCAAACAUUCAAUAAUACUGGAUCAUGAAAUGAUAAAAAUGUUUUACAAGUUUAUAAACAGCUUAAGAGAAGAUCAUGAAAAAGAAAUCACCACUCAGAAAAACCAAGCAAUUGAAGAAUUAUUAACUUAUUUACACCUGAUUAACUUAUCAUUAGUUGAAAAUUCAGAAAAUUUUGAAGAUUUAUAUGAAAAUUUAUUUGCUGAUUCAAGAUUUAAGCAAAACAAGCAUUUUGAAAUAUUGAGUAAACUAGAUAUACUAAAGUUGUACAAAAGAGAAAUAUAUCUUGAAAUCAUUAAGAAGUUAGAAGAAGAUAUACAAACUCAAGAAAAGCAAAUUUAUAGAAAUGAUAGAAAGGCAAGAGAUAAUUUCAAAAUAUACCUAUCUUCAAUUUCAAUAACUCAUAAAACAAAAUUCAAUGAUGUAUUUGACAAAUUAGAAUCUGAGGAUUCAUUUAUCGAAUUAUGUGGAAGAAAUGGUUCAACUCCACUAGAUUUAUUUUGGGAUAAAGUUGAUGAAAAAAUUCAAAUUUUCAAAUUACAAAAAAAUAAAAUUGAAUCAAUUUUAAAUGAAAAGGGAGAAAACGAUGCUUUGAUAUGGUUAUCGUUUGAUAAAUUUUCAAAAUUCUUGAAAUCUCAAGCUAAAUUGGAAGAUGAAGAUAAUGAACUUAAAGAAAUUUUUGAAGUAUUGAAACAAGAGCAUGAAUUGAAAGAAAGAGUUUGGAAAAAGAGAAGAACUUCCGACUUAGAUCCUGCUACAAGUAUCAAAAAACCUAAAACCGAAAUUAAAAAGAAAGUAAUGAAUUAUUAA